CCAUUCACUUUGCCUGAAAGCUGCUGCUGUUGGUUCCUGAGAUGAGCUCAUCUGAAAUGGCUCCAAGGACCUCAGCGGCAGGAACUGGAGGCAGCUUGCUCUCUGCUGUGGUAAUGUUUUGAAACAGGCAAAAUCAGUACCCAUAUUUGAUAUGUAAAAUGGGAAUCAUAUUCCGAAACUUCUUAACAAAUCCACAAAGGCACCUACUGAGCAAGGCAACACUAGCCGAGCGUUAAUUGAGCAUUUUUUGUGUGCACGACGCGGCUUGGCCGCGGGAGACCCGGCAGUAAGAAGUCACCCCUGCCCUCAAGGAGCACAUGGUGGAGUGGAGCAGACACAGGCAGAUUUUAUCAUGUGGGCAACCUGUUGCAACUGGUUCUGCUUGGAUGGACAGCCUGAGGAGGGCCCACCGGCCCAGGGAGCCAGGACGCAGGCCUAUUCCAACCCUGGGUACAGCUCCUUCCCUUCCCCAACAGGCUCGGAACCAAGCUGCAAGGCUUGUGGCACCCACUUCGCCAACACGGCCAGGAAGCAGACCUGCCUGGACUGCAAGAAAAAUUUCUGCAUGACCUGUUCGAGCCAAGUGGGGAGCGGGCUCCGCCUCUGCCUCCUCUGCCAGCGAGUCCGGGCCACAGGCUUUCAGCGGGACGAGCUCAUGAAGGUGAAGGUGAAGGACCUGAGGGACUAUCUCAGCCUCCACGACAUCUCUACCGAAAUGUGCCGGGAGAAAGAGGAGCUGGUGCUCUUGGUGCUUGGCCAGCAGCCUGUAAUCUCGCAGGAGGGCAGGACUCGAGCCCCCACCUUGUCCCCGGACUUCCCGGAGCAGCAGGCCUUCCUGACCCCGCCUCACGCCGGCACAGUACCUCCUACCUCGGCGAGCCUCCCCUCUUCGCCCGCACAAGCCGCCUCUGUGUCCCCGGCCCAGGCUCAGGAAAGCCAGCAGGCCAAUGGCCAUGUGUCUCAGGACCAAGAGGAACCCGUCUACCUGGAGAGCACGGCCAGAGCACCUGCUGAGGAUGAGACCCAGUCUGUCGACUCAGAGGACAGCUUCGUCCCGGGCCGGAGGGCCUCUCUGUCUGACCUGACCGACCUGGAGGACAUUGAAGGUCUGACCGUGCGGCAGCUGAAGGAGAUCCUGGCCCGCAACUUCGUCAACUACAAGGGCUGCUGCGAGAAGUGGGAGCUGAUGGAGAGGGUGACGCGGCUGUACAAGGAUCAGAAGGGGCUCCAGCACCUGGUGUGUGGUGCUGAAGACCAAAACGGUGGAGUGGUGCCGCCCAGCGUGGAGGAGAACCUGUGCAGGAUCUGCAUGGACUCGCCCAUCGACUGUGUUCUCCUGGAGUGUGGCCACAUGGUCACCUGCACCAAGUGCGGCAAGCGGAUGAACGAGUGUCCCAUCUGCCGGCAGUACGUGAUCCGGGCCGUGCACGUCUUCCGAUCCUGAGGGCUGGCGCCGGCUUCUUCAGUGCCUUACAGGGACGGAGCUGGAAGGGUCUAGGCUCCAGAUUGGCCAGCCUGCAGAGGGGCAGGCUCACAAGAGAACCUGCAAGCAAAGACGCGGUCACCUCUGGGCAUGCCUGUCCCGCCUCGGUGCGCAGCUCUUGGCCGGCCGAGCCCGGGGCUGUGGGAACUGGUGCGAUCGCACGGGCAAGUCCCUGUUCCGGUGAUCUUGGGGUAAUGAUGGUAAUCGAUGAAGAGAGGACUUUCCAGAACUUGGACCAGAUCUUCCUCCCUUCCUCUGUAAACCUAACAGUUUCCCCCUUCCCCCAUACCCCGGCCACCCCGAGCCGCCUGUCUGCGUUCCAGCCGUCAGAAGUCCCGGUAGAAAUGGUUCUCUUCCUCCCCAGCACAUUUGGAUGUGUUUCUGGUCUCUCUGGCUUUCUGUGCUUUAACCAGCUUUGCUAGUCUCUUGCUACAUUGCCUAAAAUUCUUUUGUUUCUUCAGACCAAAAAGAUGUUAGCUUGCCAGACCAAUAGUGAUCCUCCUUAGGACUAAAUUUGGACCAGUAAACUUUCUCUGGUGAGAAAUGAAACACAAAUGCUACUGGAAAAUUUAAAGUCAUUUAGAGUUGCUUCCUUAAAUGCUGGGUUUGGAAGUGAUGAGUCUCCCGACUGAACCUUGGGAGCCAACAAAGCACCUGCAGGGAAGUUUCAGUCCAUGUGUGUGAGCUGAGAUGGCAUGGGGAUCGUCUCUGCUGCUCUUAGGGCCUGUGUGCCAUCCUUAAAUUUAGUUUACGAGAAAAGGGAAAGUUUUGGGUGGAAGCAGUGGCUUCCUGCUUAACUCUGACUUCUCCAACACAAAGGAACUGCAAGCCACUUUCUCCUGAGAAUGAAGUCCCUGUCUUUGCCAUGGAGGUUUUAAACUGGUCUCACCGAAGGCAUAGAGACUAAGGCAGAGAGCCUUGUUCUUCUCUAGCCACACUUUUCCUGAAGCUCCUGGAGACCGAAACUGAACACGUAAGGGGUAUCUGAAGGUACUGAAUGAGACUGGAUUCAGCCCUGGGGCAGACAGCUGCAAGUCUUAAUUCCCCAGGUUAGUGGGGACUCCCUGCUUCCAUUUCCUCUCUCAGCCCACUGACUUGAGGGCAGGUCUGGAAGAAGCAUUCUCCAGGCCCUUUAGGAAAGACUGUACAAUGAGCUAGAGGAUAUUCUCGAGCCCUCUUAGGGCGGUACUACCACUGGAAGAGGUAAAGGGCUUAAGUCUGCUGGAGAAGCUUAGCCAGGAACACACACAUGCUAGCAGAAGAGCUGUGUGUGCUGCUGAUACCCGUGGGUGAGCUAGGCAACCCCUAAGCCAGCACCUGAGGGGCCUUGGCAGGCCCCCCAGCCCCCUGCUGUGCAGUACAUUCUCCCAGACUGGAACCAGUCAGGACUUUGGAAGAUGGUGGGAAACCUCAAAGGGGACCUGUUUAUUGGUACAGACAUACUUAGGCCUUCCCCCAUCAUCAACCACUAUUCCCCUUCAGAGGAAUGGAAUUAUUUCAUAAAAUACUUGUCAGUUGCACACAGGGCCACUUACCUUGACAUUACACCAAGUCCUGGAUUUGAUUCUGGGACAGCCUUUGUAGGAAUCUGGGGAAUCGAGAGAGAGAGGUCUGCGAAGACGACCUUUCACCCUUGCUGGACAGCACCUGCUACAGUUUACAAUGCCUACCAGUUCAGCAGAGGAUCCAGCCACUUCUCGAUUCCACUGUGAAACAGGUCUAUAUACAUAUGCAACUCAGUUACGAUCUAGCAAUAACUUCAGGGCAGAAGCUGGCUCUCUCCCUACUUAAAACUUGCUUUCACUUCUGAGGCCUUACCUCUCCCUACCUCCCACAUUCCCUCCUAGACAGAAGUUAAAAAUAAUAUUCUGAAGGUUGGUUAGUAACCUAAGAAUUAGAACUGCUAUCGUUUGCUUAUUUUGGAGAAAGAACUUGCCUUUAAGUCUUUUGAUUUCUUGGUGAAGGUUUCCGUUCAGGAAAAAAGGUGUCAAACAACCCUGAUUUGUUGUUACUGAUGAUUAUUACACCAAAUAAAGGCUGGGAAUUCCAAGAUCCCUUUUCAGUUACUAUCUAACCUAGGAAGAAAACUUGAUUUUUAACUCUGAGUGCUCUCCCUUCCUUACCCCUUGUGGAUCCUUGGUCUUAAUUAUCAUGAAACAUCUUAAUUCUUUCAUUUAUUCCAUAGCUUUGGCUGUGAUUGUUCUGAGAUCUCAUUUGAGACUUGUUUUAAGACUUGGGAGAGCUGACUGGUUCAGAAUACCGUGGAAUAGCUGGAUCCAAGCUAGUGAAAUGAAGCUGUACAGGAAUUAGUGCACAAUAUAUAUUGUAUAAAUUUGUUGAAUCUUUCAGAUGUGAAUGUGUUACUUCAAGUGGCUUAUAUUAAGAUUCUCUCAGACUUACCUGGGUGUUAAAGCAAACCCAAAUGUGUAUUUUUUGUUACAGAGCUCUGCUUUAUAAUUUUGUAAUAAAAUUUCACUAUAGA